GGGUAGGAACACCAUGGACAGGGAGAGCAAAUGGGGCCAUCUGUCACCAGGGGCUUAGGGGAGACCGAGCCAGCCUGGGUCAAAGAAGUCAAAGGGGCUGCCUGGAGGAGGCAACCUGUCAGCUGGUGCAUCAGAGGCUGUGGCCAGGCCAGCUGGGCUCGGGGAGCGCCAGCCUGAGAGGAGCGCGUGAGGGUCGCCGGAGCCUCGGGCACCAUGAGCGACGUGGCUAUUGUGAAGGAGGGCUGGCUGCACAAACGAGGGGAGUACAUCAAGACCUGGCGGCCACGCUACUUCCUCCUCAAGAAUGAUGGCACCUUCAUUGGCUACAAGGAGCGGCCGCAGGACGUGGACCAACGUGAGGCCCCCCUCAACAACUUCUCUGUAGCACAGUGCCAGCUGAUGAAGACGGAGCGGCCCCGGCCCAACACCUUCAUCAUCCGCUGCCUGCAGUGGACCACUGUCAUCGAGCGCACCUUCCACGUGGAGACUCCCGAGGAGCGGGAGGAGUGGACAACUGCCAUCCAGACGGUGGCCGACGGCCUCAAGAAGCAGGAGGAGGAGGAGAUGGACUUCCGGUCGGGCUCACCCAGCGACAACUCAGGGGCUGAAGAGAUGGAGGUGUCCCUGGCCAAGCCCAAGCACCGUGUGACCAUGAACGAGUUUGAGUACCUGAAACUGCUGGGCAAGGGCACUUUCGGGAAGGUGAUCCUGGUGAAGGAGAAGGCCACAGGCCGCUACUACGCCAUGAAGAUCCUCAAGAAGGAAGUCAUCGUGGCCAAGGACGAAGUGGCCCACACACUCACCGAGAACCGCGUCCUGCAGAACUCCAGGCACCCCUUCCUCACGGCCCUGAAGUACUCUUUCCAGACCCACGACCGCCUGUGCUUCGUCAUGGAGUACGCCAACGGGGGCGAGCUGUUCUUCCACCUGUCCCGGGAGCGUGUGUUCUCCGAGGACCGGGCCCGCUUCUAUGGCGCUGAGAUCGUGUCGGCCCUGGACUACCUGCACUCGGAGAAGAACGUGGUGUACCGGGACCUCAAGCUGGAGAACCUCAUGCUGGACAAGGAUGGGCACAUUAAGAUCACAGACUUCGGGCUGUGCAAGGAGGGGAUCAAGGACGGGGCCACCAUGAAGACCUUUUGCGGCACACCCGAGUACCUGGCCCCCGAGGUGCUGGAGGACAAUGACUACGGCCGUGCAGUGGACUGGUGGGGGCUGGGCGUGGUCAUGUACGAGAUGAUGUGCGGCCGCCUGCCCUUCUACAACCAGGACCAUGAGAAGCUUUUCGAGCUCAUCCUCAUGGAGGAGAUCCGCUUCCCGCGCACGCUUGGUCCUGAGGCCAAGUCCUUGCUCUCGGGGCUGCUCAAGAAGGACCCCAAGCAGAGGCUUGGCGGGGGCUCCGAGGACGCCAAGGAGAUCAUGCAGCAUCGCUUCUUUGCCGGCAUCGUGUGGCAGCACGUGUACGAGAAGAAGCUCAGCCCACCCUUCAAGCCCCAGGUCACAUCGGAGACCGACACCAGGUAUUUUGAUGAGGAGUUCACGGCCCAGAUGAUCACCAUCACACCACCUGACCAAGGUGAGGGGCCACUGUGCCUGCCCCCGCCCACUCCCUUUUCUCUCCAUACUCAGAGAGGCCUGCAGUGUUCAGCUUUUUUGGCUUCAGAUGUUUUAAAAUCUAAAUAUUUAAAAAGGUUCCUUUUGGAGAGUGCCAAUGAUCAGGGUGGGAGGCAGUGCUCUGAGGGCCCAGGUCCCUGUGUCAAUCUGUGGGGCCCUGCCUCAGUUUCCUGGCAGUAUGGCAGCGUGCUGGCCGCGCUUUAAGAGGCUGGCUCCCUACUGGAGCUGUGGGUGGGUGGAGGUGGCAGGGAGGGGGGUGCCCGGGUCUGAGCUGUCUACACCCACAGACGACAGCAUGGAGUGUGUGGACAGCGAGCGCAGGCCCCACUUCCCCCAGUUCUCCUACUCAGCCAGCGGCACGGCCUGAGGCGGCGGUGGACUGCGCUGGGCGACAGCUUGGAGGGAUGGAGAGGCGGCCUCGUGCCAUGAUCUGUAUUUAAUGGUUUUUAUUUCUCGGGUGCAUUUGAGAGAAGCCACGCCGUCAUCCCGAGCCCAGAUGGAAAGACGUUUUUGUGCUGUGGGCAGCACCCUCCCCCGCAGCGGGGUAGGGAAGAAAAUUGUCCUGCGGGUUUUAAUUUAUUUCAUCCAGUUUGUUCUCCGGACGUGGCCUCAGCCCUCAGAACAAUCCGAUUCACGUAGGGAAAUGUUAAGGACUUCUGCAGCUAUGCGCAAUGUGGCGUUGGGGGGCCGGGCAGGUCCUGCCCAUGUGUCCCCUCUCUCUGUCAGCCGGCCGCCCUGGGCUGUCUGUCACCAGCUAUCUGUCAUCUCUCUGGGGCCCUGGGCCUCAGUUCAGCCUGGUGGCACCAGAUGCAACCUCACUAUGGCAUGCUGGCCGGCACCCUCUCCUGGGGGUGGCAGGCACACGGCAGCCCCCCAGCACUAAAGCCGUGUCUCUGAGGAUGUCAUCGGAGGCUGGGCCCCUGGGAUGGGACCAGGGAUGGGGGAUGGGCCAGGGUUUACCCAGUGGGACAGAGGAGCAAGGUUUAAAUUUGUUACUGUGUAUUAUGUUGUUCAAAUGCAUUUUGGGGGUUUUUAAUCUUUGUGACAGGAAAGCCCUCCCCCUUCCCCUUCUGUGUCACAGUUCUUGGUGACUGUCCCACCGGGAGCCUCCCCCUCAGAUGAUCUCUCCACGGUAGCACUUGACCUUUUUGACGCUUAACCUUUCCACUGUCGCCCUAGGCCCUCCCUGACUCCCUGUGGGGGUGGCCAUCCCUGGGCCCCUCCACGCCCUCCUGGCCAGACGCUGCCGCUGCUGCUGCACCACGGCGUUUUUUUACAACAUUCAACUUUAGUAUUUUUACUAUUAUAAUAUGAAACUUUCCCUCCAAAUUCUUCAAUAAAAGUUGCUUUUCAA